AUGCCUAAUUCUGCAGAGUACGAGAAAGUGCAACCGUCGUACAGUCAUCUGAAUCAAGCCAUUCCGUCGUUAGAGAUCACAGUGGCCAAGAAAGAGCCGGUAGUUUUCCAAAGGAACGGUUCUGGCCGUCGUUCGUGGCCCGUCAAAACAUACGACUACGUGAAUAUCUCUCAACAAAGGAAAAUGCCCGAGAUUGAGAGUUAUGCACACAACGGCAGUCUUCCUCAUCCGGAGAAGAUCAUCAAUGAAGAAAAUGCCAUCUUGAGAGAUUGGAAUCCGCGAGCACUCGUGCGAGCUCUGUAUGAGGUGUCGUAUGAACCGAGAGUGGAAACAAAAAGAAAUCGCUUUGUCAGCAUGGAAGGUCAUGUUGAGGUGCCCUCAGAUGAGACAUCCACCGUUGCUGAAUUGGAGAGACAUUGGAAACAGCUUUAUAUGCGCACCAAAGAAGGAAGAUUACAGAUUUUUGUGGUAUGUCAUUUACUCGUGCUUUGA